AUGUGCUUUUCAUUUACAUGGUUUUUAAGCAUUAUCCAUGACAGAUUUAGAAAAGGAACGAUUAACUUGGAAAGUACCCUGGAACUUCUUAAUAACCUUGACAUUCCUUUUGAUUAUAUUCAUGUGAAAUACAUUUUUAAGACAAGUGAUUCAUUCAAGGCUGGAAAUAUUACUAUAGAGGAUUUUAGAAGAAUAUAUCGUGCUAUAGCACAUAGAUGUGAAAUUCAUGAGCUCUUCACAAUCCACUCUCCAAACCACAGAAUACUAUCGCUACCAAAUCUAGUUGGCUUUCUCAGAAAUGAACAGUUUCAGGAUAAUGCUGAUGAAACAAUUGCUUCUCAACUUGUUGCAAAAUUUGAGCCCAUUGAACAAGCAAAGAGGAAUAAAGAGAUGACAUUUGAAGGAUUUAUAAGAUAUGUGACUUCUGAGGACUGCGCGAUAUUUAAAAGUGAGCACAGAACUGUUUACCAGGAUAUGUCCCGUCCGCUACGUGAAUACUUUAUUUCAUCCUCACACAACACCUACCUCCUAUCUGAUCAGCUAAUAGGGUCAAGUCACCUGUGGGGCUAUGCAAGUGCUCUGAUGAAAGGAUGCCGGUGUCUGGAAAUUGAUUGCUGGGAUGGACCCAAUAAUGAUCCUGUCGUUUAUCACGGAUAUACUUUAACAAACAAAAUUAGCUUUAUGACCGUCAUCCAAGUGAUCGACAAGUAUGCCUUUGUGGUCUCUGAUUAUCCUCUGAUAUUGUCUCUGGAGAAUCAUUGUAGUCCUAAACAGCAGGAUGUUAUGGUGGAUUAUCUAAGAACUAUUCUGGGUGACAAGCUGGUUACAUUUACAAUAGAUGAGACUAUACCAACUGAAUUGCCUUCUCCCGAGGCACUAAAAUUCAAAAUUAUGAUAAAAAAUAAAAAAAUUGGAACACUCGAAGAAACACUUGAAAGAAAAGAUGUGGACAGUCAUGGUCAAACAGGAGAAUUUGAAGAGGAGGAAACAAGUGAUGAUGAGUCAAAUAAUGAGCUAAAAAGCCCUAAGCAAUCUCUGGUUAAGAAAAGACAAGCACAUUGGAAAAGUGCAGCUCCCCCCAGAAAGAAACUAAAAAUAAGGAAAAUAAAGAUUGCCUUGGCAUUGUCGGAACUUGUGAUAUAUACUAAAUCUCAAAAAUUUACAAGCUUUGAAGAUUCAAGAAAAAACCAGCGUUUUUAUGAAACUAAUUCAAUUGGUGAGGCAAAAGCUCGAAAGCUGGUAAAACUGAAAGCAAAUGAAUUUGUUCAACAUACUCUCAGAUUUCUCACAAGAAUAUAUCCUAGAGGAAUUCGAACCAACUCUUCUAAUUAUAAUCCUCAGGAAUUUUGGAACAUUGGGUGUCAGAUGGUGGCCUUAAAUUUCCAAACACCUGGAGUACAAAUGGAUCUUCAAAUUGGGAAAUUUUCAGAUAAUGGUGGCUGUGGCUAUAUAUUGAAACCUGAAUUCUUAAGAAAUGAAAACACACAAUUUAACCUAUAUAAUAUAUCUGCAGAUCAUCAACCAAUUACACUUACAAUUAAACUUAUUAGUGGCCAUCAGUUACCACCUAGCAACCUUUCAAGAACUAACAAAGCCGACCCUCUUGUUAUACUAGAAAUUUAUGGCAUUCCAGAAGACCAGACAAAACAACAGAGUUGUGUUGUAAAGGGCAAUGCUUUGUGUCCUAGGUGGAAUCAAACAUUCACAUUUGAUAUUCGUGCUCCAGAGCUUGCCUUAGUUCGUUUUGUUGUAGAAGAUCAGUUUUCUCUUGCUUCCAAUUAUUUCCUUGGUCAAUAUACGUUGCCACUUUUAAGCAUAAAUAGAGGCCUGAAGCACAAGCAAGAGCCCAUGCUAGACCUGAUGUAA